CAAAAUUAUCAUAAAAGACAUAAAAAAAGGCAUUAGUUGUCGGAGUGCAGUAAAGAGCUCCUCAAAAUGUCCAAUACGCUGAAAAGCAUCAUUGUUAAGCCCAUUUUCCUCAGGAUGAAAGGAGCAGAACACGGAAACUGAAAGUCAUUCUUGGUACCGCUUUCCUCAUGACGUUUAGAAGCUGCUCAUGGCGGAAGGUGACCCCUGUUCGCAAUCUCCUAAUUUAUCACACUCUUGGCGUGUAUUAUUUAUUUUCCUUAAUGCUAUCUCCGGCGUGAUUGCCCUCGGUGGAAACUCGAUCAUACUGUUGUCCAUUUAUAAAGUGCGUUCUCUCAGAUCAAGACCUUCCAAUAUCUUCCUUGCGUCUUUGGCUUCUUCAGAUGCGUUGGUGGGCCUGUUGGUGUACCCGACGUACAUCAUCUUAACGGCAAAAAAUUUAUGGUUCGGCCGCAAUGUGGUGUACAGGAUGGAAAACUUUUUGUGGAUUCAGAGUUUGGCAACAUCCACUUUCACUCUGUGUGCCAUAAGCGUCGAUAGACUGAUUGCAGUCACACUCGCAAUUCGUUACGGAAGCAUAGUGACCAAAGGCCGUUGUUGGUAUGUUGUCUUCUCAAUUUGGAUCUCUUCCAUAUUGUUUGCAUGCUCGGCUAUAUUUGAUCACAGCAUUGACAACCAGUCCAUUCUGUGGAUAACGUGCCUUGGCUUGACUUUCGUGCUGCCGUUCGCAAUCAUUACUUAUUGUUACGCUCUCAUAUUUCGAGCUGCUAACGAACAAAAAAAAAAGGUCAGUCAUCUUAAUCCGGCUGAGGCAACCGAAAUGCUUAAAAACAAGAAAGCUGCGUGGACUGCGGGAAUAGUAAUAGGGAUUUUUUUCAUUACAUUUUUUCCAAACGUAGUGUUUUCAUCAAUAGAUGUAGCUACCAAGAAUCCAUGUGAGAAGAAUAAGGUUUACCGACACUGGUUGUGGGGAAUUUUUUUGGCUUUCAGUAGUUCAGCUUGGAAUCCUUUCGUAUAUGCCGCGAGAAUUAGAGAAUUCAGGCAGGCGUUUAAAAAAAUUGUCAUUUAAA